UGUGAUAGGAAGCCCGAAAACGAGGAGGAAAGAAGACCGAAAUACCUGUACAUUUUAUACAAAGUAGGCGAGAUAUCUUCUGGGGACAGACUCUUAUCAUAUUUUACUAUACACUUUUGAUUUGUUUAUUGUUAAUAGGACAAAAUGGGUUGCUGGUUCUCCAAAAAAUCAAAGAGAAAAUCACCCGAAAAGGAGCCUACUCCGACGACGGUGGAAGAGAAGAGGAACAGCAGUAGCAACGCCAACAACAUUUCCCUCAGCAGCAAGGCAACGGAGGAUCCACCUAAACAAUACAGCUGGGACAAACGUGAAAAGGUUGACCCUAAGGACUUCAUGCUAACAGGGCUGAAGGAUGCCACGGUGGGCCGUCUGCCAGGCAAGCUGAACGGACAGCAGUUUGUCAUCCAGGACUGUGAGAACUGCAACAUCUUCGUGUUUGACCACUCCGCCACCAUCACCAUCGACGACUGCACCAACUGCUGCAUCGUUAUGGGGCCAGUGAAGGGCAGUGUGUUCUUCAGGGACUGUAAGGAUAUCAAGUGUGUGGUGGCCUGCCAGCAGUUCAGGACCAGGGACUGUAAGAAGAUGGAGGUGUUCCUGUGUUGCGCCACCCAGCCCAUCAUCGAGGCGUCCACGGGGAUGAAGUUCGGCUGCUUCCAGUACUACUACCCGGAGCUGGCCUUCCACUUCAAGGACGCAGGCCUCAGCAUCUUCAACAACAACUGGAGCAACGUCCAUGACUUCACGCCUGUCUCAGGGGAGACCAACUGGAGCCUGCUGCCUGAGGAUACUGUGGUGCUGGACCAUGUCCCAGCCCCUGAUCCGGAGUCAGAGUUUAAAUCAGUCCGGGUCUCAGCUGAGGCAUCCCGCAGCAUCGUGCCCAUGACCAAAGGAGGCAGACGCAAGGACAGUGACGAGUCCUGUCUGUUUGUGUUCUUCGCUGGGGACUACACCACUGCUAAUGCCCGGAAACUCAUUGAUGAGGCCUCUGGGAAAGGGUUUGUGCUGGUCCAGACCAAGGAAGUGUCCAUGCGUCCCGAGGACGUCAGCAGAGGGUUCCAGAACGAUGCAGAGGGACUCCUAGAGUGGAUCACCAAGGGGCCAGUGACAGCUCUGGAGUUGAAUGGGGACGGGGUAGUGGAGGCCUGUAAGGCCAUGUCCAGGGACAUGUUCAGUGGAACCAAGGUGUUUGUUUCAGACAACAGAAAUACUUCCUCUCGAGAUGUGGACAACUUCUUCAACUUCGCUGACAUGCAGAUGGGCUUGUGAUUGAAUCACUGCAUUAUAAUCAAAACAAACUACACAACUGAUGAUUUUUUAUUUUUUGUUGGCAUUAUUGAGACUUGAUAUACUAGUAGGUAGCAGAGAGGACAGGUUAAUCAGCAUAGUGAUGGUAGGUAGCAGAGAGGACAG